AUAUGCACAAUUGAGACCAAAUUGCUUUUAAUCCUCAUAAGAAAAUUUAUUUACCUUUAUUUUAGAACACGUUCAAGUAAUAAUCUUUGGGUUAAACUGGGAACAGUGAUGCUUAUGAAGUGCCUACAGGAGCAAAAGAAGAGUGUGGGAGAUGAGAUUCUGAAGAUCUGCCGCUCUUUAUACGAGACAAAGCACAGGCUCUCUGCAGAGUGCAUAAAAAGCCUGUGUUUGCUGCUCCUGAAGGAGUCUCUCCUGCUUCCUUCCCUGAAGCUACUUCUGGAAAGUAGAGAUCAGGAUCUACACUCCAUGGCAUUGGAGCAGAUAACAGCAGUUGCUAAGGUUGAUGACACCAACUGUGACUCUGAAUUUCUUUCUUUGCUCCUCGAUGAGAAAUUAGUAGUGAAAUGCAUUCCCACAGUUUAUUAUUCUCACCUUGUUAACUAUAUGAUCACCAAUCAAGAGGAAGGACGCUGGAAUGUGAUAAAAAUAGCAAAACAGUUGCAGGAAAAAGGCUUUGUUGCUGAGGCAGGUUCACUUCUGAUGGCCUUCAAAGGAACACAUCCUGCACUCCAGACCUAUGGUGCAUCUCUGAUUUCUCUUAGGCACUGGAUUUAAUGGGACGAUGCUUCAAGUUGCAAUUGAUGCCUCAGAUAUGACUGCUCAAUUGGAAAUCUUGCUGAAGAAAAAUAAUAAUUUCUCUGUUUUCAUUAAAGGCUUACUUUUCAACUAA